AUGGUCCCGCAGGAAGAGAUCGAGGAAAUGGCUCGCGACGUCCGCGCCAGUUGCAAGAUGGAGGAGCACAGCAUCGAGAGCUUGUGCUGGGACACACACGGUGUAACUUCGCUCAUGGCCUCUUGGAGUCCUUGGCCCGAUGAUUUUUGCUUUGGCAAGCUUGCCUUUGGUGCUUUUGGCUCUCAGCGGUCCGAUACUCGAAGCCCAGAGCCUCCGCUGCCUGGCCAGGGCCUAACCGGAGCACUCUUCGUGUUCGUGCCGCGCGUGCACUCGAAUGCGUUUUUUCAGUUCCUGGCAAGGGCACGGAGGGACACUUCUAGCUUUUGGACAUGGCGCUCGCAACUCAGGCGGGACUACUAUGCCUUGCUGGAUAUCCCUCGAUCCGCAACAACCCGGCAAAUUCGCUCGGGAUACCAGUGGGCUGCGGCAAAGUGGCAUCCGCAGAAGAAUCCGGGUGCGAAGGUAGAGGCGCAGUCGCGCUUCCGGGACAUUGCAGAAGCUUAUGAUGUGCUAAUAGAUCCGCUGAGACGACAGCAGUUCGAUGCCCAUGGAGAGGUCGGCUUGAAGAACCCGCCUCACGACGCAGAUUUCGAGCCUUACCAGUAUGUGGGCGAUCCCUUCGAGCUUUUCAACCAGUUCUUUUCCUCUGCCGACCCUUUGAGCGUGGCGUACGAGCCGGAAUUGGAAGACCUUCCAGUGCUGCCCUCCAUGCCAAAGGAGCCGACGAUCGAGAUGGAGAUCGAAUGCACCCUUGGCGAGCUCAAGGAGGGCAGCACCAGGUGCGUGGUGGUGGAGCGAACAAGGCUGGGCCCGGGCUUCAUUCCGUACCAGGAGAAGAAGCCAGUGACGCUUCCCAUCAGACCGGGCUGGCAAGCCGGAAUGAGGAUCAUCUUCAAGGGCGCUGGCAACCACAGUCAUAAGGACAACCAGCCUGGAGACCUGGCUGUUUGCAUCAGCCAGAAAGUCGAACUGGCAUGGUUGUAG